GAGACACCCGAGGGCAACAGUAUAAUGGCCGAUUCAUGGUUAACUGCAAGUUCGGUUCAAUUGACCUCAGCCAACAACAGUCUAGACGGUGCUCGGCGAGCCACCAGAUACCGGCUUCCCAGGAACGGCACAUACACCAGAGGUGCACCAGAACCCUACAUUGUGAAACAUCCGUCAGAUAAGACUAAGGACCAGUUCCAAUGGUGCCUUUAUAAAGUGUGGCAGCCAACUCCUGCGCACCAGUCACAGACGACCGACUCUGCGGCAUCCAGCUAACCCAUGGCUUCCAAGUACUCAAUGCUCGUAUUGGUCAUCAGCGCCUGCUGCCUCAUGGCCGGUGUCUCGACGGGUGCGAUUGAAAAGAAGGUGGCCACUGAAGGUACCUGCAGCAAACAGGUACUGGACAACCUGGAAGCCACGAUCGAGCUCUGCACUCGAAACGUGCCCGCCGAGCAGUUCGCUGACCCGUCUUGGGAGUGUGCCCGCACCGUCUCCGGCUACCUGGAGGACGCCGACGAGUGCGACUUGAGCGUCGUUCCCGACUACCUGGAAGACUGCCUGUAUGGCUUCUUCCUCCGCGAUCACUCCGUCAAGCCGGCGGUGAAAUGCAUCAAGCUCGCCAUUGAGUCAGACAUCUGCUGUUCGGCGGAGUAGUAGUUGCAACUUGUCUUUUCAUUGACAGUCAUCAGGAAUAAACAUUCUUGAAGUGA